UGGUGCCUGGAGGUUUCUGACUGAUUCUGAGUUUGUUUAGAAUCAUGCACACCAGCAGUCCACAGGAGGUCGCUUUGUAGAGCUCUGGCAGUGUUCCUUCUCACACAAAAAAAGCAGAUACCGCUCCUACUAUUAGGUUGAUGCUAUUCUACUGCUCUGUCCUGCUCUCCUUGUGUAAUUGCCUGUGCCUGGGUAUUUUCUUCAUGCUCUUGAGACUGUGCUGUAAGACACAGCAAAACUUCUUGUUACAGCUUGUGUCAUCCUAAAGUAGCUGAACUACCUUAACUACGCACUAUCAUUAGUGACAAGCGGCCUCAUUUAUAAAACUUUGCGUAACUUCUGGAAUGUAAGUGUGCGUACAGACAAAAAAUAGGAAAUGGCGUACGGCCCAAACAUUCAGAUUUAAAAAAACAUGUACGCACACCUGAAUGCAGUUUCCACUUUAUAAAUCACAACCUGCUUAAAAAUGUCCGCAGGUGAAUCUGCCUUAUGUUUCACCUCUGUACCGCCUGCAUUUACCCAUAAAAUUCCAUGCAAACACCCAAUAUUUAAAUUCCCCAUUCAGCCUUGGAGGGAUAACAGAGCAAAACAGGGCAAAGAAGCAACAUUUUGGAGAGUGUGAGGUAGAAGUCCUUGUUCAAGGUUGAGGAGGAAGAAUUUGUUGUUUGGUGGUUUUAGCUAACACGAGGCAGUUAAAAAUGUAGCUCCACAUUCUACUGAAAUGCACAAUUUAGCAUAACAAUAAUACAACAAUACAGUACAUAUACAGCAGAAGAUAAGAUACUGAAAGCAUUGACAGUUUAUACAAACAAAAAAUAUAUUUAUACAAGUAAGAGUUAAUCUUCCGUUCUUAAUCUUGAUUGAUGCAGUAUGAAUAUGCGUGGCCAAAGUAUACUGUGAUGAUUAAGUGUUACCAUCAUUUUUGAACAGUGUGUUUAUAUUUUAAAAUGUACAGAAUAUCAAAUGAUGAUUUCAAAUUAAUUGCAGAUCUAACAGGGGGGUCUUUAGCUUAUCUUAUCUGAUUAAAUUAUCUUAACUUUAGUCAAUGGAUAUUAAAUAAAAUAUACUUCUUAAACGUUUAUGGGUGGGCUUUUGUUUUCCUAUAUUAAAGAUACUAUUUACUAUAAUUGGUUACUGAUUGCUUAUUGUUUCCAAAGAUAUGAAGUUGUUGCUGUCAGACCACAAUCUUAAUUUAUAUUAUUAUUAUAUUAACAGAAUUACUGCAAACAUAUAAUUCAGGACUUUGUGUAGGCCACACCUCCAGCUAUAUUAAGCAUGGUUUGAUUGAACUGAUCUACAUUGGUUGUGUCUUUAUGUCUAGUCUGAGAGAAAAGAUGGUUCAAAUAUCGUUCCUCACUCUUCUGAUCUACAGGGCUGGUGAGUGGCAUUUAUCUUAGUUAGAUCAUCAUUAAACACAGAAAACUUUUUUUAAGAUUCUUGAACUCUUACCUUACUUUAGAACAGAUUUACAGCAGUUUAAGCUGAAUUGUGUGUUUUGUGUGUUAAUCUCAGACGGUCAAUCAGGAUGUUCUGUACUGUGUGUGUUGCAGGUUUACUCUUGGUGGUCGUGUCUGAUCAGAACACUUUAAGACUGGAGGCAGAACCUGGAGAUAAUGUGACUAUCUGGUACCAGCACAGCUUGACAGAUCCAGCGUAUAUUACCUGGUUCAGACACCAGAACCUUUCUUUACCAGAUCGUCUCGCUUGCCAACAUUAUAAACUGUACUUCUCACCAAGUCUGUGUCAUUUUGUUCCCCAAAGAAACAGAAUGAUGAUGUCUGUGAAUUCUGAGAGUACAUCUCUCAUCAUUACUGGGGUUAAUUACUCUGAUUCAGGACUUUAUUAUUGCAUCACCCAGAGGGGCAACAUCAUAAACUUCAGCAACGCAACCUAUCUACUGGUGACAGAUAGAAAUGAAACUCUCUUCAAAAGCUCCAACAACAACAUCAGAGACGUACCCGUGUUCUUCAUACUGAGUGUAAUGUUUGGGGCCGUGAUCGGGAUUCCCACCAGUGUCCUUCUGAUUAUUCUGGGUUGUAGAAAACAACACAGAGAUGAUAAUGGAUCUAAAGUGAAAGAAGUGGAACAGGAUGGGGACAUGGUGAACUACACUGCUCUGCAGUUCUCCAAGAAGAAAAGACCAAGAAACAGUGAAUAUUCACACAUUGUGUAUUCUUCAGUAAAAUGCUAUUAGAUCCUUAUUCAGGUCAAAAGGGCUGGGUUUAUGGAAAUCACUGAACGUUGCACUAUUACUUUUGUUUAGACCUUACUAAGCAGGUUAUUGAGAAAAAUGAAAACAUUUAAAUUAGUAUAGAUUUGCUAACAUGGUUCUGGACACAUUGCUUAUUCUUACAUACAUGUACUAUAAUUUAAAGUAGAGUUUUAUACCAUCCACAGUAAGUCAGCUUGUAUUGAAAGAUUCACUGAUCGUUACCUGGAGUUCGGUUUACUAUCCAUCUUGGAAGUAAUAAAUCUGUUAAUGUAAAUCUACUUACAGCAGACUGUCUUCACAAAGUGAGUGGACUGAUGGAGACUAGUGAGGGAAGGUGUGAUCUUUUCAGAUGGAAAUAAAAAAGAUCUGGUUGGAAUAAAAUACUAGCAAUUUGUCUAAGAAAUAUUAUUGUAUUGUGGUGAUAAAUGGAAUAAGAGGUUUC